AUGAUGGCCCAUUCCGUCGGGGUCAUCGAGCAGAAGCACUCCCGGAAGGUCAAUCCAGAGAGCAAGCAGGCGACCAGAUUGCGCACGGCGAUGCAGAAGGCGCUGAAGGACCUGUCGGUGGGACCCGACGCACAGGUGAAUCUGGAGUGCUUCUUCCCAGAGGACGACAUCGACGUCUCCAUCACCAUCACGAGGGCCCAGCUCCAGGAGUUCAUCGCGGAGGACGUGAAGGGCAUCGGUGCCCUCAUAGCCGCCGCCAUGGAGAAGGCAGGGAAGACCUGGGACGCGGUGACCAACGUGGAGGUGAUCGGCGGCGGCAGCCGUGUGGUUGCCGUGCAGGAGGCGCUGCGCGCGCAGGUGCCCGAGCACCUGGUGCUGGGCGCCGGUCUCGACAGCUCCUCGUGCGUGGCCGUGGGCUCCACCUACUUCAGUGCGGCCUCGGUGGGCCGUCCCGCCAGCGUGCGGGCCACGGCCCCCGUGGAGGGGCAGCCGAAGGAUCUGGGCGUCGGGGAGACCGACACGUGGCUGAAGCAGGUGCACGGCCAGGAGGUGAAGAGGCUGCAGUGCGAGAACGAGUUCGAGGCGUACAUAUACAAGGUGAAGAGCUGGCUCAGCGGCCCGGACAAGGACCUCUUGGCCGCGGCGGCGCCGGAGGUGGACCGGUGGCAGCUGUGGCUCGAGGACGCGCAGGCCGAGGACACGAGCUUCGACACCUACGACGCGAAGUUCACCGAGAUCAAGGAUUUCAUGGCCGAGAAGUGCGCCGCCUACUUCAAGAAGGUCGAAGAGAGAGCCGCUCAGAAGGAGAAGGAGCUCGAUGAGGCCGCCGAGAAGGAGAGGCAGCGCCGCAAGGAGCUCGGCAUGGACAACGACAAGGACGAGCGCACCAUGGCGAAGUCGGAGCGCUUCCGCCUGGCCGAGAGCAACAAGGCUGAGGGCAACGAGUUACUCAAGGCCGGGAAGUUCGACGACUCCAUCCGGCGGUACAAGAAGGCAUUCGAGUCGAUUGCUUGCUGGGGGAGGUGA